AUGCCAGCAAACGGAGGUAGUGUAGUUCCUGCGCAGUAUCCAUCAUGGAGCAGGACCACUGAUGGCACAAGAAAUGGAUUCCGUGCGGCAUCUCAUUUGCUCUCCACUACAUGUAGAAACUCAAACCCAUCUUUUAUUACGAAGCGUCUGUCGGAAGAAAAAUUUGGUGAUAAGUCGCAGUCAUCAGCACGUUCUCUCCCAUGUGAACACAGUUUGGAAUCGCGCCCUUCUCCGCGUCGGCCACCAGCAUUUCCUCUUGUUUUGGGUACAUUCGAGUACGGUUAUACAUAUGGAAGUAGCAGCUACAGACACGAUCAAGCAACAUUUCUCGGCACUCCACGAUUGCACACUCGCUACCAACCGGACUAUCCUAUUUACCGGCAUGUCAAUCGCUCCUUACAAGAGACGCGCCGGCGACAGUUCUCACCAUUCAUGCCGUUCCAACGAUAUACAGAUAAAUCAAGCAAAGAGCAGCAUUAUGACGGAAGAUCUUAUAACUGCAAAGAAAAACAUAGGACACGAGAGUUUCCUGUAAAUCAUGACUGGGACGACGCUGAGACGCACAAACGGCUCGCCCAUUCAGUUUAUUCGGCUGGAGCAUUAAUCAUCUGGAAAGAAGAUGGGUACUGCGGCUUCCUGUGUGACAAAAACACCCUGUACGGGAACUUGCACUUCUAUGCGGACUGUGACACAAUUAUAGAGGAAGACGACAAACCGUUAGAAGGUCUAUGUGCGGAACGUCUCAAAAGAGGUCAACGAGUUGAGAUCGAGGCAGAGUUUAGUGAACCUGAUCUUGCCGACCCAGACGUUCAUCAUCUGGUUCAUGUGGACAAGAUAUUAAAAAUCGGAGGUGAAGCGAGUUUGGAGAGAGUUUGUCAAGAAGUCCUCGUACCACUGACAAAAAAGAAGUCUUCUUCGUACUUCAAAGCUUUGUGCGAGACGGGUGAUCUGGUUUACAUCCAUCCAUCAAUUUUUCUGUCGCAAACGCUAUUGGAGUUUAUGAAGCAACAUGCAAUAAGAUGUCGGCCACAGUAUGUGGAAGACGCUUUGAGCGUACUUUGCUCAAAUCGGUGCAUACGUGGAGAAGUUGCUGUAGCUCCGAGUCAUGCAAUCAUAAAACCGUACAACAGUAAUGAAUUAGUGUACUACUCGCUCAUCAGUGCACCGCUGGAAUUCAAGAGCCCUCUCAAAGUUGGAGGUCAAGUUCGCUACACUGCUUGCCUCGAUUUGCCAAACUCAACAUACAAGUGGCGCUGUCUUGGGGUUGCAAGAAUUUCUCGGGUUGACUUAGGAGAGGAAGUGAAAGAGGAGUCGACUAGCAUAGGUAAUAUUCCUACUUCCAAGCCUGCUCUCACAGGGGGUGAAAUUUUCAAACCAGCAAAUGAAGUUUCUGAAAAUAUUUGUGAUGAAGUGAAGACCGACACUGUAAAAGCAGAAGAAAAUAUGAACGAAAUUCUCAUUAAAAUAGAUUCGAACGAUGAGAAACGAGAGAAACCGCGGAUUUGCAGCUUAUUACAUAUGCUUCGCACUCCCCCGGAAACAUUCGAUACUGUUCCAGUGUGCCUCAACGAAACUCCAAGGAAAGUAUUCAGUUAUGGUGAUGAGGCACCAUGUCAUUUUACUAUCAGAGAUGAGUUGGAGCGAAGUCAAUAUGCAAACUUUUCAGCCUUGUAUAAAAGUAUGGAAGAUUUUCUUCUUCGCCAUGCACGACGUAGAUACAAGCAUAAGCGCCGUCAUUUCAAUGACGGGAUUUCCAAAGGCGGUAUAAACGAAAGCGAAAACAAAGGAAAAUCUGCAAAUAAUCCAGCGAGGAUUAGUGCGAUCAGUAACGAUCUCGAGCCUUCCGUGGGAAGAUUUAAUUUUGUUGGUGUUGGGGAUGAUAUCAGCCAAAUGGUCGCAGCGCAGAAGCAACGAGAGCAGCUAACGUCAAAGGCUCCAAAAGUUCCGCAGAGAUCAGGCAAAGGGUGGUGGUAUCGUCGUACAACGCCUCGUAUUUAUCCAACAGUAGUUGUAGCCGAGUUUAUCAAGAAUCGUGACAAGGAAAAGGACUGCAAUGAAAAUAUCAAUGUCCAUAAAUUGACGAAGACUAUAAUUAUUUGCAAUGCAGGGGAGUUUGAGGAUGAAGAUGAAUUCAGCAUUAGUAGCAAAAAAGACCUCCAAGCUAAUCAUACAUUAUUCGAAACCAAAGAUAAAGAACCAAAUAUUAUGACGUUACUGCAAAAUGAUCAGAUAAUGGGAAACUUUUUUGGACCCUUGCUCAAAAACUUGAAGAAAUGACCGCAUUGUCUAUCAUCUAAGUGAUCUAUUACAAACGAGAGUUUGAGAAAACGAUUACGUUCAGUUAAUGUGCCGAGGCAC